AUGGAGCUCGCCGUGCGGAAGAAGCAGGAGCAGCUGACGUACAUGGAGGCCCUCCGGAUGCUCUCGCGCCGCGUCGUCCUCGCCGCGCACAGGCUACGCCACCAGCAGAUCCACUUCUCGCAUAAGCUCCUCCCGCUGAUUCACAUGGCGAACAAAAGCUGGGCGAAGUCGAUGCUGCGGAUUGUGAUGCAGGCCUGGCAUGCCGCCGUGCAGGAGCUGCAGCGGCUUCAACGCCAGCACCGCUCCCGAUGGGCAAAGCGGCUCUCCGGCGAGCAGCUGCGGUUUUGCAUCCGAAACUGGCGAACCUGCGCGGUUUACAUGCUCCGCCGCUCCGAAACGGAGAACGUCACGAUGGCAAUCAUCGUCGAAAAACGCGAGGCGAUUCAACGCAUGCAGGCGGAGGCGGAGUCCCUGCGCGAGGUGAGCCGAAACCUCAGCGACUCCAUGACGAAGAUUGAAAAAAACCGUCAGGUGAUGGAGGCCGCCCUCUUGGAGCUUGAGAAUCAAUACAAGGAGCGGAUUGAGCAGGUGAACGACCUCGAUCAGAUUGGAACGAUGCUCAUCGAGGGCAACCUCUGUAGCGCGUCGAUUCCGAUGGAGGCGAGGUGCCCCGAUGCCGGGGCGACCCCGCUGCAGGUGAUGAUUCACCUCGUUCAAUGGGCGAACACGAUGGUGACGAUGGCGAACGGCGGCGAAACCAGCGUGGAUGAAAAACCCAUCCCGCUCGACCUCAACGAGGAUCGAAAGGAUAAAGAAGAAGAAGACGAAGGGGCGAUGGCCCUCAACGAAACCUCCACCCUCGCCUCGGGCGACGACCUCCAAGACGGGUUCUGGAGUGGCUACCACAAAACCGCCCCAGGGGUCUUCGACGACCUCCUCCACUGCCACCCCCUCCUCGAGGAGUACAUCGCGCGGAGUCGAAAGGACCCUUUGGGGUCGUCGACGGUGGAAGGCGACCCCGCCACGACGGCGUCGGCGAUCCCCCCGGUUUCGUUGAUCACCUAUAACCAUUUUAUGCGGCUGAUGCGGAUUUGUUUCGCGCCGCAGCAGCUGAAGGAGACGAGCUCGCUCGCCGGCCCGGAGCGACGCCCGAUGGCGGGGACGGAAUCCGAUUCCAUGAGCACGGUGGUCGCCCCUGCGAUCCCGACGGAGAUCCCACCCUUGGAGGCGGGGGGCGACGACUCCGCUCCCCCCCCCGCCACCUCCCCAGAUACCUCGGAGGAGAGGAAACUCGAGGCGCAGGUGCGGGCCGCCGACGCGGCGGUGGUGGCGGCUUUGCGGGCGAAACUCGGCCCCGCCCACGGGAGCGGCAGCGACGGCGAGAAGGACGUCGAGUUCGCCAGCGACGCGGGCGUCGAAUCGCCGCCGAAUACGAGUUGGAAUUCGUACGAAACGGAGGGGACGCUGUUGGCGCUUCUGACGCCGGAGUUAUGCACGCAGGCGAAGACGGCGUGUACGAUUGUGUUGAAUACCUAUGAGCGUCUGACGAACACGACCUGCGUGGUGACCCUUGAUCAACUCCUCCAGCGCGAUCGACGGGCGUUGUUGGUGCUCUUGGCGGGUUUGCUGCGGUAUUACACGAACUGGUGGGCUCCUCGCACGCAAAACAACGUCUCCGCGAGCUCCUCGAACAGCGUCUUCUAUCGGGCGAGCUUCGACGCCGGGGAGUUGAUGUCGUCCUCGCGGCUCAUGCACCAGGGCCGCCAUCACUGGCGAUAUCAGGAGUGGAAGCACCCGCUUUCGACCCAUCUCACCUGGUUCGGCCGCGUGCUUCAGCAGCAGCGGUGGGUCGCCUUCUCCUUCAGCGCCCUGCACGUCGCGGUGGAUCUCGCGAUGAGUCGGAACCUCUCCACCACGGAGCUGGACAACCCCAACCAACGAAACCUCAUGGAAGGCCAGACGCUGGUGAGCCUUCGGUCCGCCGCGAAAUGCUACAGCCGCCGCACCACCGCGGAAAUAGAAGCGGUCCCUUUGGAAUAUCAAGAGCGGGCCGCCAAACUCAUGCAGGCCCUUUCUUUUGCCAAGCUCUCGUACAUCUUUCACCCACCCGCCGCGCCGGUGCUCCAUGAUAGUCGGAACGUGGCGCUUUCGAUGGCCCGAGCCUCCUCCGCGCGCAACAAAUCCUCAUCGGAGCAGACCCUGCAGCGCUAUAUCCACUUUCUGGGCAUCAUCAAAGGCUUUUUCAUUCACCUCUGGCAUCUCUUCAAGCUGUACUCGUGCGCCACACGAGAUCUUGAGGGGGAUCUCGCGAUCUACGACGGCCUGACGCCGCACGGCCUCGCCGAGGAGGCAUCGGGUGGGGGCAAGGCGAGGGAGGCCCCGAAAGUGGAAGACCGCUACCUGACGCUGAACGGCUUCUGGCACCUUCUGUGUGAUGGCGGCCUCGCCGGCGGCAGCAUGCGCGCACGGGAGGGGUCCAAAAAACGCCUAAACGCCCCCGACAGCGGCGAUUUAUUCGCCCCUUCGCUGGAUCGCCUAAGCGUGACGAGCAUCGUGGAACGGGUGGUGCUGCAGAACUGCGUGGAUACGUCGCCGAGCAGGCUUUCCGGGGUCUCGGAGUCCCUUGAGGACUUCACGCAAUCCCCCACCUCGGUCCUGUCAAAAGGCACGCCGGGCUCCGAUGAGGCGUUGCUCGCGCCACCGCGCGGCGUGCUCGUCUGCCUGAGCGCCGCCGAGUCGAAGGACGCCCCGGCCAACCGCGGCUUCCAAACCAAAACGACGAUGCUGGCGAACUACGCCAACGCGAUCCAGUCCGGUCAGCACCACGUCGAUCUACGCCAGACCAACCGAGGGACGCUGUGUAUGAAUUUUGAGCAAUUCUGCGAGGCCCUGGUGCGGUGCACGCACGCCUUGCAGUCGAUUCGCGAUUCCCACACGCGUUUUUGCCCUUUAGAGGAUACGGUCCGGGGCUCCGAGGCCGCAGGAGGCGAGGGAGAGGGGAGCGCGGAUUUAACCCGCGCCAACCCCGACGGCGUCUUCCACGUCGACCACGCGAGCAAAUCCACCGGGCAGGAUUCCAACCCCCUCAGCCUGAAGCCGGGCUCGUACGGCGGGGGCUCCAACGCGGGGCGCCCCUUCCUCCGCCAGGGCUCCACCUCCAGCCGGUGCAUCAGCCACCGCUCCGAGGACUCGGUUGAGCGGAUGAUGGAGGGGGAGGGGGGGUCGAUUCGGCUCUCUCGCACGGGGAAUGCCACUCGCGUGCGCUACGGCGGCCGCUCCCCACACGGCAACGACGACGAGCUCUCCCCUCUUUCCUUGGAAGGGCUGGAGGGGAUUUGGGGGGAGGAGCUGAUCCCCCUCGUGCAGCUCCGCCCGUUGAGCGAGGGGCCGUACGCGCGCUUCCGACGGGGGAUCCGUCGGCCCGCCGUGCAGCUCUGCCUCGCGCGACAGCAGGAGGGGUUGUUUCGGGUGUUUGUUCGGCAUGCGAAGCCGCGGGAGGCGGACGGGGUCGCCUCGGCCCUCCUCCCCAACGCCUUCGCCGUUUUCUGCUGGGAGGGGGAGCGCGGGGGGUGGGCGAGAGCCGCCCCGGAGGAGCACGUGCCGCCCUCCUCCACCUCCUCCUCCUUCUCGUCAUCGCAGCGGCGGACCUUGGGGACGUGUGAUAUCGGGAUCAUCCUCGUGUUGCAGCUCGCUGACGUCAAGAAUAUGGCGAGGGAGCUGCGAUGGGAGCGCUGCCUUCGGUUGAACCGAUCGGCCGAUCCGGCGUAUAACAUCGAUAAGGUCCUGGAAGAGUGCUUCCAUUGGGUCCUGGCGGACCCCGGGCGGGAGGGCGAGGUGCUGUUCUUUAGUGAAUUUCUCGACCUGUUAUGCGCCCUCGCGGAGUACUCCAUCCUCUUCCCUAGCCCGCUCACCCCUUUGGAGACGAAGCUCGAGGACCUCAUAACGCAAUGCCUCGUAGCGUGA